CAAACUCAAAGUCGAAAUUAAAUAUUAAAUUGAUUCAUCAAAAUAGGAAAGAAAAUAACUGCUUAUACAGUGAAAAGAUAAUAAAACAAAGAGAAUUCAAACUGACGUUACUUUCUCUAUAUUGUCUACCCUUCCAUGCUCAGCUUCUCUCUAUCCGCCUUCUUCUCCACCAUUAACACAAAGCUCCAAAAAUUUCUGCAACAAAGCCCUCUCUCUCUCUGCAUUCAAGAUCAUAUGUUCCCUUCGCUCAGUCCCAUGGAGGCUAGACAAAGAUCAUCUGUGUCAAUUGAAGAGAUGAACAAAAGAAGAUUACCAAGAAGUAAAGUUAAAGAUAUUGAGAAGCCCUUCCACAUCCCCAUUCAAGACAAGAGUGUGAAAUGCAAGUUUCAUCCACUCAAACUUGUCCUGCUCAUCAUUAUAUUCGCUACUUUUGUGACAUUUCUACAAACUCCAUGGAUUUGUCACCACGACCAUAUAGCGCACUCUGUUUCUAGGCCACAUUUUGUGAACAGGUUGAUAUGGGGAGCAACUGAUCUGCGAUAUAUACCACAUUUGGACAUUGAUUGGGAUGAAAUCUCCAAAGUCAUUGAUAAAAUAGAGAACAAGAAUAAAAUUCAUGGAAUUGGUCUUCUGAACUUCAAUAAGAUCGAAAACAAUCACUGGAAACAAGUUCUCCCUAUUGCCAAUCACACUGUUCUGCACCUGGACUACGCCGAACAAAAUGUGACAUGGGAUUCCUUGUACCCGGAAUGGAUUGAUGAAGAACAAGAAGAAGAUGUCCCCAUUUGCCCAUCUCUGCCAAAGCUUGAUGGGGCAAGAAAACGGCUUGAUCUCAUUGCUGUGAAACUUCCUUGUCGAAAUGAGGGGAACUGGUCUAGAGACGUUGCUCGGUUGCACUUGCAGCUUGCAGCUGCUGAGUUAGCAGCCUCUGCCAAAGGCUCUCACCCUGUGCAUUUGCUAUUCGUUACCAAGUGCUUCCCAAUACCGAACCUCUUUACUUGCAAGGAGCUUGUUAAACGUGAAGGCAACGCAUGGUUAUACGAACCAAACUUGAAUGUGUUGAGAGAAAAACUCCAGCUCCCAGUUGGAUCAUGUGAACUUGCUCUUCCACUAAAAGCUGAAGAACCAACUUACUCUGGAAAUGUUCACCGAGAGGCAUAUGCAACGAUCCUGCAUUCCGCUCAUGUAUAUGUUUGUGGAGCCAUAGCUGCAGCCCAAAGCAUCCGCAUGGCAGGAUCUACCCGAGACCUAGUGAUACUUGUUGAUUCGACGAUCAGCACAUAUCACAGGAGUGGACUAGAGGCAGCAGGGUGGAAAAUUCGGACAAUCCAGAGGAUAAGGAAUCCAAAAGCUGAGAAAGAUGCAUACAAUGAAUGGAAUUACAGCAAAUUUCGAUUAUGGCAGCUGACAGAUUAUGACAAGAUCAUUUUCAUUGAUGCUGACAUGCUUAUACUUAGAAACAUAGAUUUCUUAUUUGGGAUGCCAGAAAUUUCAGCCACGGGAAACAAUGGCACACUCUUCAACUCUGGUGUAAUGGUAAUUGAGCCAUCAAAUUGUACAUUCCAGCUUUUGAUGGAUCAUAUCAAUGAGAUUGAGUCUUACAAUGGCGGAGACCAGGGGUACUUGAAUGAAAUCUUUACAUGGUGGCAUCGGAUACCAAAACACAUAAAUUUCUUGAAACAUUUUUGGAUCGGUGAUGAGGAGGCAGUAAAACGAAAGAAAACUUGGCUUUUUGGGGCUGAGCCACCAGUUCUUUAUGUGCUCCACUAUCUAGGAGUGAAGCCAUGGCUGUGCUUCCGGGACUAUGAUUGCAAUUGGAAUAUGGACAUUUUUCAAGAGUUUGCAAGCGACGUUGCUCACAAGAAGUGGUGGAAAGUGCAUGAUGCAAUGCCAGAGCCAUUGCACCAGUUUUGCAUGUUGCAAUCAAAGCAGAAGGCACAAUUGGAAUGGGACCGGAGGGAAGCUGAAAAGGCAAACUACACGGAUGGGCAUUGGAGAAUUAAAGUCCAGGACAGGCGUUUGAAGAAGUGCAUUGACAAUCUGUGCAACUGGAAGAGCAUGUUACGCCACUGGGGUGAGACAAAUUGGACAGACGAUGAAGCUUUUACCCCGACACCACCUGCCAUUACGAUGUCAUCCCUUUCUGGAUUGUGAGUAGCAACUUCUAUUUUUAUUUCACCAUGUUCAGAUUUUUAAGUAAAUGGUACAGACUUACAGAAAUUGGUUCACAUUUACUCUUUCUAUUAUGCAUAAAGGUGUUUUAGACACAAUUAGGAAUUUGAGUACGGUGGAUUUUAUUACCUCUGAUUAUUCUGAGGCUGAUUCAUAAACAGAUUUGAUUGGAAUUUCCAAUCAUCUCACAAGAGAAAAAUCACUUGCUUUUUUCCAUAUUAUGUAUAUUUUGUCUGUUUUGUUUGGGUUACAUUACCAGUUACAAAGGAAAUCUGCUAAAUAGAAUCUGUUUAGGUACAGAAAAUUUAUCUAUGAAGUGAUAAAUUAUUCUAGAAAUGUAGUGUCCUGAUAAGUACCCUUAAUAUUCAAAUGAAUCCUACAUAUAUAAUUGCUGGUUUGCUAGAUUGUUUAUACAGUCAUAAUGUAUUUAUAAAUAUAU